GCUCACGCGGCGCAGGCAUUCGCGAACAGGUGGAUAACCUGGUAGCCGCUCGAAUACUGUAAUGAAGUGACUGACAGUCGAUCAUCGAGUCGUGGUGCACUGUCUUCCGAAGUUCGACAGGAAUCCACUCUCGCUCACGAAUCCACUGCCGUUGACCGGUUCGUGCAUCGGCGAAUACGGAAAGAACGGAUCCUGUCGGAUCGUGGGUGAUCUCAGCGAGGAUAAGAUAGUGUUCUUAUCUUCCGUUCGAGUUCGCUAUCGAAGUGUUCGAGUGAGAGCUGCGGCCAGUGAGCGGGAAAGUGAGCGAGCAGGCGAAUAGGAUCACGGAGAGGAAUCGAAAGGGUGAGCUGCGAGGCGGUCAUCUCGAGUCUCCUCCACAAAGAACGGGAUAGCCACCGAUGUCAACGCUUCGCUGACAAUCUAAGACAAUCAUGGGCCAACGGGUUUCCCGAAACGACUUCGAAUGGACUUACACAGACGAGCCGCACGCGACCCGGCGAAAGGAAAUCCUCAAGAAGUACCCUGAGAUCAAAAAAUUGAUGCAUCACGAUGCCCGUUUCAAAUGGAUAGUUUCCGGCCUCGUACUCAUCCAAGUGUUGAUGUGUGUUCUGCUGGCGAAUGCGAGCUGGCAGACAUGCCUCCUGCUCGGCUAUCUGUUCGGAGGAGUCAUAAACCAUGCGCUAAUGUUGGCAGUCCACGAGACAGCUCAUAAUCAGGCCUUCGGACAGACAUCAGCGUUGCCCAAUCGAUUGUUCGGGAUGUUCGCCAACCUACCAAUCGGUAUUCCAAUGUCGAUUUCGUUCCGGAAAUAUCAUUUAGAACAUCACAGGUACCAGGGAGACGAACGGCUCGACACCGACAUCCCCACGGAGAUCGAGGCGAGACUUUUCAACCGGACCUUCAGCAAAGCGAUCUGGAUUUGCUUCCAGAGCUGUUUCUAUGCGAUUCGACCUCUCGUAGUGUAUCCGAAGUCGCCCUCGUAUUUGGAGUACAUCAACCUCUGUGUUCAGCUCGUGUUCGAUUUGCUCAUAUUCCAUUUCUGUGGUGGGAAGGUCCUCUUCAUCUACAUUAUCUUGGGCUCGCUGUUGGCCAUGGGACCCCAUCCCGUCGCCGGGCAUUUCAUUUCCGAGCAUUACAUGUUCCUCAAAGGACACGAGACCUACUCCUACUAUGGGCCAUUGAACUACGUGACGUUCAAUGUCGGCUAUCACAUGGAGCACCACGAUUUUCCCAGCGUUCCGUUCAGCCGGCUGCCCGAAGUGAGGCGUAUCGCUCCCGAAUAUUACGAUACUCUGCCGCACCACAUGUCCUGGACGAAAGUCAUCUGGGAUUUCAUCACAGAUCCGGAAAUCGGACCGUACGCGAGAGUCAAGAGGAGGCAUCUGAAGAAACAGGACAAGAACUGCAACGGAGACGCGUGUUUGAACGAACAGCUGGUGUAUGCAUCCAAGAUAACUAGUUGAGACUGGAUAUGCGCGGACGUCAAGACACCUCCUUGUGCGUCCUCUGUACCCUUUCAGAGAGAAUCUCUCAUUUCGCGAGGGAAAAUGAUGUAGGGAUGACAUCGCAGAAAUGACGAAAUGUACUCGAUAGUAGAGAAGAUGAAUUAUGCUUGUGAUAGGCUCAGCGUGCUCCUCGGCGCCUCCCACAUUGCCGAAUCCUCGAGGGGG